AGUCGCAGCCCAGAACCAGAAGCAGCAGCAUCGCAAAAAUAACAAGCACACCCGAAGCCCUAUCGCGUUCAGCUGCAGUCUGAGUAUAGGAGCCCCACGCCAUCUUGUAACAUAUACUUGUGUAGUGUCCAAAUGAAUUAGCUGCUACUCUCUUUCCGAGCCAGAGCCACGGCGAUGUUCCUGGAGCUUUGAAAAAGAAUUUAGAGAAUUUAGAGUCCGCGGAAAAAUGACGCAGUUUUUGCCGCCUAACUUGUUGGCACUCUUCGCGCCUCGCGAUCCCAUACCAUAUUUACCUCCAGUCAACAAAUUACCUCACGAGAAGAAGAGUGCUGGCUAUGUCGGCUUGGGUGCGUUCCUCAAUAACUUUGAGGAUCCCAAAGACACACCUCCACCUGUGCGUGUAGAGACUCGCGAAGAAAGGUUAGAAAGAAGAAGGAGGGAGCGCAAUGAACAAGUUGCAUACAAACUAGAACAGGAGAUUGCAGUAUGGGACCCUGCGAGCAUUCCCAAUGUUACUGUCGAUCCCUUCAAAACACUCUUUGUAGCCAGAAUAAACUACGAUACAUCUGAAUCCAAGUUGAGAAGAGAAUUUGAAGUUUAUGGACCUGUAAAAAAGAUCGUUGUGAUACACAAUUCAAUAAAUGGAAAACCACGUGGAUACGCCUUUAUUGAGUAUGAACAUGAAAGGGACAUGCAUUCCGCUUAUAAGCAUGCCGAUGGUAAGAAAAUAGACGGUCGUCGAGUGUUGGUGGAUGUUGAGAGGGCGAGGACCGUGAAGGGCUGGUUACCAAGAAGACUAGGCGGCGGACUUGGUGGCACAAGACGAGGCGGACCAGACGUCAAUAUCAAACACUCCGGACGCGAGGAUAACGAGCGCGAGAGGGAACGCUACCGACUGGAGCGCGAGCGCGAAGCCAUACGCGGCGCCGACAGGGACAGGGACAGGGACAGAAUCGACAGAGAACGUCGGCGCUCGCGCGACAGGAAGCGUCGUUCUAGGAGUAGAUCUCGAGACCGUAAACGACGUAGGUCGCGAGAGCGCUUACCCGAGCCGGAGAUCGAGGAACUCGAGCGUCCACGCGAGCGAAGAGACCGCGAGCGAGACAGAGGUGAGCGCGACCGCAAGCGACGCAGGUCUAGGUCUAACGAUCGGGACCGCCGUCGCGAAAAGCGGGAACGGGACCGCGAUCGGGGCGAACGCAGAGAGCGCAAGGAACGACCUGAUCGCGCUGAGAGGGGAGCCGACGAGGAUGUCAAGGAUAUCAGAAUCAAAGAGGAGCCGCUCGAUGACUAUCCUGAUUACAAUAUGUAUUUCGCUCAAGUGAAAUACGAGGAAGACGCGGAUCAGCCCGAGGAGAAGUACAGGAUUCCCGAGAAUCAGCGUCCUGAUCAGCCUAAUAACUACAAUUACGAUUCGGUUCAUCAAGAUUACUAAACAAACCCUUUUCAGCGAGACAUAUUUCGUUUCCCUCCUCAUCUCUCAGUGAUACUCGUGUGACCGAUGAUUGGACUUUAAACAAAGCAAUGGACUUUUUUUUAUUCUUAUGAAUUACGAUUAGGGCUUUUUAUAAAUAUGUCGAUUUAAGAAUUUUCAUUCUAUCCUGAUGUAUAAAAUUUAUCCAACUCAUAGCCAAUUGAUUGGCUUCCUUACAAUAGUGCUAAUAAAGUAUCGAUUCGAAUCGUCCAAAAUAAAUUUGCAAUGUAUGAUUUCUGAUGACUCCUAUUGACUCAAUGUAUAUUAUAAUUCGUAUACCGAAACAAAUAAAAAUGAAAUCAUUAACUA